AUGGCAGAAUUUUGGGAACAUUGGGAACUUGCAUCUGAUAUCUUCCCUAAAUGUGGUGCUGAAAAGCUUAAGAAGGUGAAUGAUUCUCCGGAUAAACCCCACACGAGACAUUCCCAUCACACUGAGGAGAAGUAUCUUAAUAACUUGCAGAUUAAAACACCAAUAUCUUGGGGGAAAAUGAUUGACGACCGCUGGUCCAAUAAUGCUGCUUCAAAUAUUCUUUCUAAUAAGCUUCAUUUGUGUAAUUCCUUGUCCGAAAAAGUACAACUGCUUGAAGACACCAUUUAUAAUGAGGCAGCACAAAUUUUUGGUCACUCAGUUCAUAAGGGUGGCAGAAAGCUGUCAGGAAAAAGCCGAAGAACUAUUCAAUCCAUCAAUCUAAUUAAAGAGAAAAAUUCCCUAACUAGUCAAAUACAGUCAUCCUGCUACCUAAGUCAAAGGAAGGAAUUACACCAACUUCUUACGGAUGUAAAAGGUCGAAUAACUUUAUUGCGCCGAGCUGAUAGGUCUAGAAAAAAACGCCAUCAAUUCCAAAAAGCCCAGACCGCCUUUAAGAACAAUCCAUACAAGGCAGGAAAAGAUCUUCUUGACCCAAAGGGCAAAUCAGUUUUAAGGGUCGAACAAGAAACGCUGGAUAACUUUAAACUUGAAUCAGUUAAAGACAAAUUGUAUCAUGUACCUUUAGGUAAUCUAGAUGGGUUAUCAUCCACUCCACCUCUUUCGAAAUCGUUUCCAGUUUCUCUCUUUAAAUAUGAAGAUUUUAUGAAAGUUCUUGUCACUCGGCGAAAUGGCUCUUCCCCAGGUAUCAAUGGGAUACCUUAUAAAUCUUGUUUCAAAAAUUGUGUUGUCCCUAUUCAAUGGCGUUGUGCUCGUGAAGUUUAUAUUCCUAUGGAGUCUAAUAUUAAAGACUUUCGACCUAUCGCAUUAUUAAAUGUCGAAGGCAAGCUUUUAUUUAGCCUUGUAUCAAGGCGAUUAGAAGCUCACAUUAUACAUAAUAACAAAUUCAUUAACACGUCGGUGCAAAAGGGUUGUAUGGAGAAAGUCCCAGCAUGCUGGGAACACAUGUCAAUGGUUUGGUCUGCACUUAAAGAGGCCCGGGCCAAAAAAUCACACCUUGCAAAUAUAUGGCUGGAUAUUGCAAAUGCGUAUCCUUCAAUUCCACACAAGCUUAUAUUUUUUGCACUGGAAAGGUAUGGAGUCCCUCAGAGUUGGAUAUCAUCCAUUAAGUCAUACUACGUUGGUUUAUAUAGCAAAUCGUUUUCUUUGUCUGCACCAAGCAACUGGCACAAGCAGAUGCGAGGUAUUUUUGCAGGUUGCACUCUUUCCAUCAUUUUGUUUCUUGCUGGUAUAAACAUUAUUCUUAAAUACACUAUUGCGGCACCGGCCCCAAAUUAUAUUACUUCUAAAAACGUGCCCCUUCCUUUAGUCAGAGCUUUUAUGGAUGAUUUGAACCUAAUGUCAUCGUCUGUCUGUGGAGCUCAAAGCCUCCUUUCCAGGUGCGUCACUGCUUUAAAAUGGGCUGGCAUGAGUUUUUGCCCUCGUAAGUCAAGGAGCAUAAUCCUUAUAAAAGGUAGAUCUGUAAACUCCACACCUUUUUCUGUGUCUCACAUCUCGUCACAAACCGACUUCUCUUCAUUCAUCCCGUCAAUCCAUUCAUCGCCAGUUCGUUUCCUCGGUCGCAUUAUUGAUAGUACGAUUUCAGAUACUAAAGCAAUCGACGAGCUAUAUAAUAAGCUAAUAACCGGUCUUACAAUCAUAAACGGUUCGUGUUUCAAAGGGACCCAAAAACUAUGGAUUUUGCAAAACCUUCUAAUUCCUCGAAUCCAAUGGCCAAUUCUUAUUUAUGAAGUUCCAAUAUCUCGGGUUACAAGGCUAAAGCAGAAGAUAUCAACUUUCAUUAGAAAAUCUCUGCACAAUUCCACGUCAAAUAUUUGCCUAUAUAGCUUCUGCUCGCCUUGUCCAAUGCCAAUUAAGAGCUUGACGUCAUUGCUUACAUGCUCUAAAAUAAGUGGUCAUUUACUUUUACGCGAUUCCAAAGAUCCUCUUGUGUCUAAUAGUGCACCUACUUUAAAAGUUGGCAUGUGGAAAGUGGGCAACGCAGUAAGAACAGCAGAGGCAGAGGUGAAAAUAAAGUCAGUCGUGGGAACUCCCCAGUAUGGCAAAGCAGGCCUAGGGACCAACAAAUCUUUCAAAAUUCCGAUUUCAAAACAGUGCUAUUCGUAUCGUAAAUUAAUAUCGAACACAGCUAAAGAUAUCGAUGAGGAAGGCAACAUGGGUAGAGCAUUGCAGUUGCAAGUGCAAGGUCAGUGGACGAGAUGGGAAAAUUACACAAAAAACGAUCUAUCUUGGAAGUCCAUUUUUGCCAUGUCCCCACACUUGCUUUCCUUCUGUCCUGCUUCUACUUACGAUGUUCUUCCCUCACCUAGCAAUUUAAAACGCUGGAACGUUUGUACUGAAUCUGCUUGUGCCUUAUGUUCCAAACAAGUAUGUACAACAGCGCAUGUUUUAGGCGCUUGCAAGGUUGCUCUAUCACAAGGAAGGUUCACUUUCCGACACGAUGCUGUGCUUCGCGGGCUCCUGUUAAGUCUAGAGCGUUUUUCAUCUGAAGUUGUCCCGGAAACGAAAAAGCACCUUAAAGUGUCAUUUGUAAAAGCAGGUAGCUAUUCCUCCGCUAAAAGAUCAAAACCAACUGGUCUAUUCCACCAUGCUAGUGACUGGGUGAUGUUAGCAGAUCUGAAUGAAGGAUUUGUGUUUCCUGGCCAUAUUGCAAUCACAUCCCUCAGGCCAGACAUUGUAAUAUACUCAAAUUUUUCUAAGCGCAUCAUUAUUAUUGAACUUACUUGUCCUUGUGAGGAAAACAUGGGAUCCUGGCAUUCCACCAAGCUUCCCAAAUACUUCCUCUUGGUCGAGGUAAUACGUAGCAACGGGUGGUUUCCGCAUCUUUUUGCAGUAGAAGUGGGAGCUAGGGGCUACUCUUCAAGGUCUCUAACUUGCUGUCUAAAAAGCCUCGGUUUCGCUUGCAAAUCUGCGUUUUUAACCGCCCGCAAGCUUGGCGAUAUAAGCAUGAAAGCAUCCUUUUGCAUUUGGAUUGCACGAGACUCAACACAUUGGUCACAAGAUCUUACGCACUGCAGUCCGCCAACAUUGCCACGACCAAAGGAUAGUAUACCUCCUGAAAAAUCCUCGUCUGUUACCAAACCCAUUAAAAGUCCAUCUUCAGCCAUCUCUGACAUGCCAAAACCCACGGAACACCAUAACCUUAGCCAGGAACUUAACCAAAAGGUGAGCAUCGUUCGCGCUGGUUUGAUAAACAAGGGGAACACAUGCUACGCAAACUCCAUUUUCCAAGCAUUAACGGUUCUUCCAAGACUUUGGUCUCAAUUACCAUCAGAGUCCUCUUUGUCAUCUCCUCUAGUAAAGUCUAUAGUCCUAAAUAUGUCACUACUGAAUCGUUCUCGUUCACCAAUUGAUCCUUCCAAUUUCUUACGAGCACUGCAAAACAGAAUGCAUGCUCUUAACAAUAACGCGUUUUAUCACAAUCACCAACAAGAUGUGCCCGAGAUCCUUCAAGUUGUUUUUGACGAAAUUAUUGGAUCUUCCCCUUUGGUUGCCAAUCUACUGUCUGUAACUGUGACCACAACAACGUCAUGCAACUCCUGUUGUUUCUCCACUUCCAGGGAACAAAAGGAUUCAAUUUUAAUUUUACCAACGUGUAAGUCAAUAGCAGACUCUUUUAACAAAUUUUUACAACCUCAAGAACUUCUAGGUGACAACAAGUGGUUCUGCCCCCAGUGUUCAUCGCAUCAAGAGGCCACAAUUGAAACUCAGAUUUCUAAUUGCGCCGACUUCCUUGUUGUACAAUUGUUAAGAUACACAUCAGUAAAUGGAUCUUCUUUUAAAGACAACAAGUUAGUCAAUUGCUUGCCUAAAAAACAUCAUGUCUUAAAGGUAGCAUCUCACCCAACUGACGAUGUGUCUUUCAACAACAAAUAUAACUUGGUUGCUACCAUUAACCACUCAGGUACAUUAAAAGCAGGUCAUUACUGGGCCUUCAUUAAGGACCAACAAAACACCUGGUUCAAAUGCAACGAUCGCUGUAUUUCUCAAAAGUUAACUUAUUUGUAUGUCACACAACAAAUGGGGGAGGGAAUCCAUGACCCUAGCGGUUUUAUUGACCCCAGCUGA